CGGUUAUUGACCCUCAGAUUUAUAUUAGCUUAAGGGGAGCACAGGCUCCAAAAAUCUUACAACUGCACACCUCAUUUGCACAGGUCCUUAAUACUCAUACCAGGGGUUGGACACACAUAUUUUAUUAGACCAUAAAGUGUGCCAGGAAUGGCGGUCAUGGCAAUGCAGAUCCUGGGCCUACUCAUGGGCUUAGUGAGCUGGACCCUCGAGUUAAGUUCUACAAGCUCCCAUGUCUGGAAGGUGAAGAGCCAUGCAGAUGCAGUGACUACCAACACCUGGCAAUUUCAGGGUCUCUGGAUGCAUUGUGCAGCCACUGCUGUUGGAGCAAUUCAAUGUCACAGAUAUAAAACUGUCCUUGGACUACCUGGUUAUAUUCAAGCAUGCCGUGCUCUGAUGAUUACCUCUGUGCUUCUGGGCUUGUUUGGUGUCAUUAUAUCACUGCUGGGGAUGAAGUUUAUAAAAAUUGGACAUACUUCUGACCAUCUAAAGGCCAAGAUUGCCACAUUUGGUGGUAUCAUGCUCCUUCUGUCAGGGGCCUCCUCCCUCACAGCCGUGAGCUGGUAUGCCUCUCAAGUCAUACAGGACUUCUACAAUCCCAUAGGUGGAAGCCUGAAGUUUGAACUUGGGCCUGGUUUAUAUAUUGGCUGGGGGGGUGCUAGUCUGGCCAUUCUGGGUGGAACUCUUCUUUGCUGUUCGUGCAGGGGCAGCUCAACAGAACUGCCAACAGGGUAUGGUUACACAUAUUCUGUGAGUAGCCAAAGACAGAAAAUCUGCACACCAGCACCUGUCUCAGAGUCACUGAGCACAAAUGCAUACGUUUAAUCUAUUACUUAAGCAGUGUUAGAGUACAUAUAUAGGUAUUUUACUGAUAUUUUUAUCCUGGUUAUUUACAUUUGCUUUGUCCCUUUAUUAAUUGUUAUAAUAUAUAUAUAUAUAUAUAUAUAUAUAUAUAUAUAGUUAAUGUGUUUCGCAGUUACUAAAAUUUCAGUUCAUUAAAUGUACCUAGUAAAUGUACAACCCAUCCAUUGAAUUGUAAAUAUUUAAAAUCCUAUUGCAGUGUGCUCUAAUAAAUGAUAUUGAUAAAACCAAACUUUUAUUUUAUUACAUAUCAUUAGAGUACUGCACAAGAAAAGCUUCUCAGUCAUUCUGUGAAAAGCAGACUUCUUUUUGACAUUCUCUCAUUCACUCCAGUCAUCACAAAAAGAUGUUUAAAAACUGGGUGUUAAAGGAUCAGUAAUAUUUCAGAGUGCACCAAGUGUUAUAUUUAAAAUUUUUCUACCACAGUCUACAGGGGAGUGGGGUGUGUGGAAAGCGAUAUAUGCAGGGGAACAAGGACAUGUAGGGAGGCUCUGUGCGCACCAAAGUUAAUCUAUUGAUGUGGGCUGCGGUGACAGUCACUAGGCAAAUGAUAUAGGGUUGACGCAAUAACUAGGAACGUACAGAACAACAUGUUGCACCAGAUAAGCCGAAAUUGCCAGAAAGUGGAAAAGUACGAACAGGGGCGGGGGCUGCUUGUAGAAGGGGUAUAAGACAAACGAUGAACAACAAGGAAGUCGAACUCUGUGAGGGGUACGUCGCGUUGCAGAGUUCCCAGAUCGAUCUGCAGGAAUAUAGGUUAUUAGACAACUCAUCCACGCCUCCGGGUGAUCUCUUCUCAUCUACGGACCCGGUGGAGUCAGCAUACUCCAACAGGUGACACCAUAUCCAUCCAUCCAUCUAUCCAUUCAUUUUUCAAACCUCUUAUCCUUCUGGGUCAUGGGGGCCCAGAGCCUAUCCCGGAAGCCAUGGGCACAAAGCAGGGAAUAACCUAAGACAGGGGGCCAGCCCAUCACAGGGCACACUCAAACACCAUUCACUUACACAUGCACUCCUAUGGGCAAAUGAGUAACUCCAAUUAGCCUCAGCAUCUCUUUGGACUGUGGGGGGAAACCGGAGUUCCUGAAGGAUACCCCACGACGACAUGUAAACUGCAACCCAGGCGGACACUCGAGCUCAAGUCCCAGAGGUGUAAGGCAACAGUGCUAACCACUGCACCACCAUGCCACCCCCGGUACCAUAUCAUGCUAUGCAAAUAUACAUCCAGCGCCACUGGUCUAUAGAGGAGUUGGCGGUUACAGAAGCUGCCCAGCAAAGAGCGUCAGCUCUAAGGGCCAGUUUAAACUCAAUGCGCUCAAUGCAUUUGCAGAACAUGAUGGCUGCCACGUGUAUUCUGCAUUCAUUGUAUGUGUCGUUUGUGCACCUACGCAUGGAACACUACGCAUAUGCAAGAUGCAGUACCACCAAAAAUCCUAGGGUCAGUAUGUCACCUUUUGUCACGGGACUUUGUGCAGCUUUAAAAGUACUGCAUGUUUAGAAUCAUACAUCAGAAUAUUUUUAAGAACUUUGGUAGAAUGAUGCCUUAGUCGACUGGAUGGAGGGAGGCGGGCACACUCGCGCAUGUGCACAGAGAAAACGCACACUCACCGAGACACAUUUCAAAAUUGAGACACCGACAGGGCCACAUGUGGCCUUUAACUAUAACAUUUUUGGCCAAUGUGUUAUUUAAAAUAAAACAACCUAAACAUUUCAAUAACAAGAAUGCUUGUUAAAUUGAGCACACGGCAUUCAACCUGUAGUGCCUGCGCUCGCUCACUUGCUCUCGCUCUCUCUCUCUCCUGUAACUCAUGUGCGUAGAGAUACACAAUAUUUUCUUUAAUGAGCCAACUUGUGGCGUUAAGCAAUUGUCAAAUUGGAAACAAAAUGGCUACCAGCUGUCAAAUUGUUGCCGAUCUUAUACAGACAGAGUCUGCAAGGAGUUCAAUGGGCCCAGUGACGACGCCUCCCAGCAAUUUAGCACAGUUAAACCCAACAUGGGCGCCAUGCAAAUCAACGAGACAUGGCAAGCCUGGGUCUCCAUGUAGCAUGUUCUCGCAUAAUGAUUGUAUCUGUAUAAAACUCGAGAAAAAAUUUUGAAGAAACUGCUGGAAUUUUUUCUAACGGUCAUGACAUUGUUAGUAUAGCCCCCUUCUAACAGUAACAGCCAAUUAAACUAGCAAAGACUGUACUUAACCAUGUUGAAAACGUAUUAAUACCCAUCAGUCCUGUGAGCCAGCACAAGGAGCAAUGGCAAGCGGACAGACAACUUCGACCGGCCCGAUAGCCCCUGAAGCAGCUACUCCACAGAACCCAUCCUGGCCUCUGGCUAUAGGUGAACAUACUAUUGGACUGAUGCUGAACAACUCAGCAGAGACUUCUCCUCAACUUGCCCCUCAGCAGGGUGCAUCAUGGGGUCCGUAUGGUGAUCUGUGCCUGUCACCCCACCGAGUCCUACCUGGGCUGUGUGGCUGGGAUCGUAGCAACCCCCGCACGAGGCCCCCGGUCUAAUGGACACAUCCCAAGACCCCAUCCUGAAAAUGACACCGUGGCUUGAUGAGCUUUGCAACCGUUUUGCUGGACUGACCUUGGAGGAUUCUGUUGAUGGGAGCAUCAACGCCUCUGCCAUUAAGAUAAUCACAGGGGUCCUGGCCUGUAUUCUGGAUUGGAUAAUCAAAGAUGACAUGCAGGAAGGAGACCUGUGUCGGGUGUUCUUUGAAUCACCCAAGCCAGCAGAGGCAUACAUUUCUGUAUGAGCCCCCAGCAUUUUACUUUUUAAACAAUUUUGAAAAUUUGAUCAAAAAGCUGUAUAGAUUGUGGUUUAAAUAUGUCAUCACAAAAACGAUGUUCCAUCCCACCUUGCCCCUGUGAAAGUACAAGGCACUGUCGAGGCCAUCAUAUGCGAGCUUAAAGAUGAAAUAAAUGUACGGGAGAAAUUGCGCGAAUUGAAACGUAAUUUUGAAGGGAAAGAUUAUACGUGUGCUGUAGAUGCUGCAAUGAAUGAUUUCUGGGAUAUGCACAAGUUCCAACAGACACUGGUUGGUGUGUAAAUGCUGAACUAUGCUACUGAAUCUGUUAAAAAAUGUCUCUGGCUGUUUUUACAGGCUUUCUAAAUAAAAUGAGUUGAGUGAAAAA